CAUGUGGCUGCGUGGGUCACCUGGUUUGAUAAGGCUAAGAAGCUGGAGUUCUAUAAUGACGAAGAAGAGCACGAAGAACAACCCCCAAUGCCUACUAAGCCUCGCCGGCGGCCAACGACUGAAACGCCAGAGGAAUACAAAGCCAGACUUACGGAUUGGGAAGCCCAGAAGCCUCACAAAGUCGAUGUUAAGCCGCAGGGUAAUUCCAUGACUUAG